AUGUCGGUGACAAUCUGCCAGUCCAUGGGCUUCGUGGUGUCCGCCCUGGGCAUCGGAGGCAUCAUUGCCUCCACGUGCAUGGACCAGUGGAGCACCCAGGACCUGUACAACAACCCGGUGACGGCCGUCUUCAACUACCAGGGCCUCUGGCGCACCUGUGUCCGGGAGAGCUCCGGCUUCACCGAAUGCCGCGCUUACUUCACCAUCCUGGGGCUGCCAGCGAUGUUCCAGGCUGUGAGGGCUCUCAUGAUCGUGGGGAUUGUCCUGGGAAUCCUUGGCCUCUUUGUGUGCAUUUUUGCUCUGAAAUGCAUCCGGAUUGGGAGCAUGGAGGACACUGCCAAAGCCAACAUGACCCUGACCUCUGGCAUCAUGUUCAUCAUUGCUGGCCUGUGUGCCAUCACUGGCGUGUCCGUGUUUGCCAACAUGCUGGUCACAAACUUCUGGAUGUCCACCACCAACAUGUACCAGGGAAUGCAGAACGUCCAGAACAGGUACACCUUUGGCUCAGCCCUCUUUGUCGGAUGGGUAGCGGGGGGCCUGGCCCUCGUGGGAGGCAUCAUGAUGUGCCUUGCUUGUAAAGGGCUCAUCCCAGAAGAAUCCCGCUACAAAGCCGUGUCCUACAACGCCUCGGGCCGGAACAUCUCCUACAGGACAGGGCCCUACAAGGCUGGCUCGGGGUAUGAAGCUGACCCAAAGACCAGGAAGGGCAUGGGAUAUGAAGAAGCUCCUCGAAGUGAGGAUGGGAGACGUCCGUACCCUUCGAAAUACGACUAUGUCUAG